AGAGCAACUUUUUUUUUCGAUUUUUUUUUGUUUCAUUUUGGUUGAAUAUUAAUUUUCAUUGACUUAACCGUUUACAUGGAUUUUCAUUUGCUCAUAUAGAAUUAUAUCUUGUACAGAAAUAGGAAUAACAUAUGAGAAAGAUGAGUAUGGUUUUAUUUGCUUGCUCUCUCUUACUAAUCAUCUUCCCUUCCUGUGGUUACGCAGCUAUAAACACAUCAAGCCCCUUGUCAAUAGGACAAACUCUGAGCUCCCCUGGUGGGUUCUAUGAGUUAGGCUUCUUCAGUCCUAAUAAUACCCGGAAUCUGUAUGUUGGGAUCUGGUUCAAGGAAAUUGUUCCUCGGGUGGUUGUGUGGGUGGCUAACAGAGACAAACCAGUUACAAACUCUGCGGCAAAUCUCACCAUCAGCAGCAGCAACGGUAGCCUGAUCUUGCUUGAUGGGAAACAAGAUGUUAUUUGGUCAACAGGAGAGGCUUUCACAUCUACCAAGUGUCAUGCCGAGCUUCAAGACACCGGAAACCUUGUUGUUAUCGAUGAUGUUUCAAGAAAAACUCUGUGGCAAAGCUUCGAGAAUCUUGGUGAUACUAUGGUGCCUCAGUCAUCGUUGAUGUAUGAUCUCUCCCUCGGCAAGAAGCGUGUAUUGACCUCAUGGAAAAGUAACAGAGAUCCUUCUCCUGGGGGCUUCUCACUGGAGAUCACACCACAAGUCCCCUUGCAAGGCCUUAUAAGAAGAGGCUCAGCGCCUUACUGGAGAACUGGUCCAUGGGCGAAAACAAGAUUCACUGGCUUUCCACAGUUUGAUGAAUCAUAUGUGAGUCCAUUCUCCGUUGUCCAGGAUUUAGCAGCUGGUGCAGGAUCUUUCUCUUACUCCACGUUAAGAAACUUCAACCUAUCGUAUAUUAACCUAACACCGGAGGGGGAAAUGAAGAUUUACUGGGAUCAAGGCAAAAGAUGGAUGCAUCACGUUACGGAGCCAGAACACUCAUGUGAUUUAUACGGUGCUUGUGGGCCUUUUGGUCUGUGUGUGAGAUCCAGCACCCCGAAGUGUAUAUGCGUGAAAGGGUUUGUACCAAAGUCAGAUGAGGAGUGGAGAAAAAGGAACUGGACAAGUGGGUGUGUGAGACGUAAAGAGCUAUCUUGCCAGGCGAACUCUCAAGGAAAAGAUACAGACGUCUUCUAUCAUAUGAACAAUGUAAAGACUCCGGAUAUGCACCAAUUUGUAAGCUUUCUCGACGCAGAAAUGUGCUACCAAGGUUGUCUAGGCAACUGUUCUUGCACAGCAUUUGCCUAUAUAAGUGGAAUUGGAUGCUUAGUAUGGAAUGGAAAGCUAGUAGACACCGUUCAGUUUUUGUCUAAUGGAGAAACUCUCUCCCUCCGUCUCGCACGUUCAGAAUUGGCUGGAAGCAGUCGAACCAAGAUUAUAGUAGGUGCUAUCACCAGCCUUUCCAUUGUCGCAAUAUUGAUCUUUACCGCAUUUAUGUUCUGGAGAUACAGAGGGAAACAAAAUGGUGAGACACAGAAAAACUUAGCAUUUUUGUUUUCCUUGUCCCAGUAUUUUGUUCUUAAUGAGUUUUACAAACUGGUGCAAGAUGCAUGGAAGGAUGAGUUUGAGCCACAAGAUAUAUCAGGCGUAAAUUUCUUUCAGAUGCAUACUAUACGAACCGCCACCGAUAACUUCAGUUCCUCAAACAAACUUGGUCAAGGUGGAUUUGGACCAGUGUACAAGGGAAUCCUGCUAGAUGGGAAGGAAAUAGCCGUUAAACGCCUUUCUAGUAGCUCUGGUCAGGGUACAGAGGAGUUUAUGAAUGAAAUAACAUUAAUCUCAAAACUACAACAUAGAAACUUGGUUCGGCUUUUGGGAUACUGCAUAGAAAGAGAAGAAAAGCUAUUGAUUUAUGAGUUUAUGGUGAACAAAAGCCUCGAUAUCUUUCUAUUUGAUCCAACUCUGAAGCUUGAGAUCGACUGGCCAAAGAGAUUCAACAUCAUUCAAGGUAUUGCGCGUGGACUUCUCUAUCUCCACCGUGACUCACGCCUUAGGGUCAUUCACCGAGAUCUGAAGGUUAGCAAUAUUCUCCUGGAUGAGGAGAUGAACCCGAAAAUAUCGGAUUUUGGAUUGGCUCGGAUGUUUCAGGGAACCCAAUUUCAGUACAGCACUCAAAGGGUUGCAGGAACUUUAGGAUACAUGUCUCCUGAGUAUGCAUGGGCAGGGUUGUUCUCUGAGAAGUCUGACAUCUAUAGCUUUGGAGUUCUGAUGUUGGAAAUCAUCAGCGGAGAGAAGAUUUCAAGGUUCACCUUUGGUGAUGAGCGCAAAGGUCUUGUUGCAUAUGCUUGGGAAUCUUGGUGCGAGUCCGGGGGAUUUACUUUUCUGGAUAGAGAUCUUAAUCAUUCGUGCAAAGCAUUUGAAAUUGCCAGAUGUGUUCAGGUUGGUCUUCUCUGUGUACAACACGAAGCUGCAGACAGACCAAACACUCUUCAAGUAAUGUCUAUGAUUACUUCAACAACAGAUCUUCCCAUUCCGAAGCAGCCAAUAUUUGCUGUGCAAACUCAAAAUGUGGAAACUUCGAACGAUGGGUCAAUGUCUAAAGAUCUUUUCUCUGUCAAUGACUUGACACACUCUGUGAUCCAAGGGCGAUAAGCUCUUAUUAUAUAUAUAUAUACUUCAGUCUAUAGAUUCAUGAGCCUAAGAUUUUGAGAUCUCAUGUUUUGUUAUUGUUAUACACAAUGUUUGGUGAAUACUGUUAUUAAUUGUGCAUCACAAUGAUAUAGUGGGCAUUUUUACUGUUGAUGUCA